AUGGGCCCCUGUACCGCCUCCUCAUGCUGCUGCCAGGCCUGUAAUCUGCCAUGGGCCCCUGUACCGCCUCCUCAUGCUGCUGCCAGGCCUGUAAUCUGCCAUGGGCCCCCGUACCGCCUCCUCAUGCUGCUGCCAGGUCCAGAGUCUCUCAUGGGUCCCUGUACGGCCUCCCAUUGCUGCUGUCUCCAUCGCCACACUCUGCCAUGUGCCACUUUCAGGUCUCCUCACACUGCUGGUGGGUUCCAUUUUGUCAUAGGGUGCUGUAUGGCCUCCCAUUGCUGCUGCCUCCACCGCCACACUGUGGCUCCACACUCUGGUUUUGGCCCCGUGACUGCCCAAAUGAGUGAAGUGUGCGGUGAUUCUAAGAUCGACGGCACUCAUCUGCAUGUCAUACUGACUGACAGUAUUAUUUCUCUUCCCCAGCAGACUCCAAGGGCAUUUAAAUUAAAGGUACAGUGUUCUGCACUAAUAUAA